UGCCACUGCCUCGCCGUCGGUCCUAGCCGGCCUCCACGAGAUCCGUGUUUUUUUGUUUCUUGGGAAGCCACCCUGUUUCCGCGACAUGCCUCACACGCCGAGCGUGUUUCCUUCUGCGGUGCUGGAGGACAGCUGCCUGCCCUCGCCAGCGGCCGAUACCCACUACGCCGUCCUGCAGGCUUCGUAUCAGCAAAACUUGUCUCAUCAGCAGCAUCACCAGCACGGCCACGUCCCCCACGUCAUCGUCCAGCACCCGGUGCCUCAGCUGGUGUCCAACGGCGACGCGUGCCACCCUCGCCUUCACCAACAGCAGCAUCGGCUGCCCUCCCCGAACGGCGCCGAAGAGCGAUCGCCCGUCGGAGAGCACCUGCAGGGAAUCGUCAAGCGCCAGCGCAAACCGUCGCAGCAGCAGCAGCAACAACAACAACACCACCACCACCACCAGCAGCACAGUUUAAAGAGGAACGACUCGGACGGCGAGUCGUCGUCCUCGUCGUCGGACGGUUCGCGGUCGCGCAAGCGUCCCUGUCACAGCUUCGAGGAACUGCAGUCGCAGCGCAUGCUGGCCAACGUGCGCGAGCGGCAGCGGACGCAGUCGCUGAACGAGGCGUUCGCGUCGCUGCGCAAGAUCAUCCCGACCAUGCCGUCGGACAAGCUGAGCAAGAUCCAGACCCUCAAGCUGGCCUCCAUGUACAUCUCCUUCCUGUUCGAGGUGCUCAACAGCGACGAGACCGAGAGCAAACUGAGCAGCCAGUGCAGCUUCAUCGCGAACGAACACCUCAGCUACGCCUUCUCCGUCUGGAGGAUGGAAGGCGAGUGGUCCACGCUCUGAUCGCCAACGGCACCGCUGCUGCUGCUGCGGCGACGUAAAUUAUUUGCAAGGAACUAUCUCUCGUGGCCGGACCACUUUCUUCACACCGUGCCUCGAUGAACGAGCGGAGACUCGUCGAUGCGUCUUCGAGUCACGCGAAUCUGCGAAAGACAACGACGAAGCGAGCGACUCGUCCCUCAGAAAGCGUCCGCAGUCUUCUCUGUGCCGCAGACCGCAACGUCAAGUGUUUUGCUCAUUGUACAACCGGGGGAGAAAAGCUCGAGGAACACGUGUGCGUCGAAACAACAAGGACAACGAGAAAGGACUCAAUUCCGUCUCAACGCAGUUGCACAGCCAGGAACCGAGUGAUGCACUGUCGCGUUCACACAUGGAGCUUCGGUUUACACUUGAAUGUCGAAUGUUGCAAACACGACUAACGGGAAAUAGUGGCAAUUUCUCUGUGACUUCGCUCCACCAAUAUUUGUACCCAUCUCCGACUGUGCCUUCCGGCCCACACCUGACCGAAUUCGCGAUUAUGAAAUUAUUUUUUGGGGUCAGUAGAACUGUUUGGUAUUGAC